AUGUCUUCUCCUCCCUCUCUCCCUUCUGCGACGUUCAAAAUCGGCAAUUCCGUCUCCGGCGUCUCCUCCUGCGGCGACCCGUUCGGUGGCGUCGUCUACGCGGUCGACGAUACGCUCGGUUUGGCGGUGUUGCGCGCGCCCGGGGAUAUUCAAAACAGUCACCACGUGCAGAUAAUUAAUUGCGAUGCGAAUACUAAGACGGAUGUGAAGGUGCUCAACUCCGUCUCUCCGCCGCCGAACAGUCGCGGAGAGGAAGAAGAGCGAGCAGCUUUACCAGUCAUCGAUAAAGGAAGGCAAGAGAGACGGUUUGAAACCGCGGUGAAAGCGGCGCAGUUUGUCGCGGGUACGAAUGCAAUUCGCUCGUCUUUGGAUUUCGAUGUCUCAUUCGAUCGUCGUCGUCUCGCGUUCUUUUGCGUUCCUCCUCGCGCGAUCGUGGACGAGUGCACAUCCUGUGCCGUCGCAGAAUGGAACGUGUUGUUUGAUAGUGUUGUUUCUUUGCGCAUUUGGAACGUCCAGCCUUUCUGUGAUGUGCCAUUCUCGCGAGCGGAUAACAUCGGCGAAAACGUGACGGAGGAAGCGCAAGAAAUAUUCGACGCGUUAGCGCGAACGUUACCGUGCAGAUGGAAAAACCAAGAGAUUAUCGUCCUGGAUGAAAUUUCCAUACCGCCGCCGUAUACGACGCCGGCGGGCGGGGACGAGUUGUUCCGAGAACGGAUUAAGAACGUGUUGGUGCACGAGAGAAGAAGGUUAGGGAUGAGCUAA